UCAGCUUCCAUAAAUUUCAAUUCAUCUAAAUUAGCUUGGAUUUGAAUGUGUGAAGCUCCUUCAAAGGGAUUUCGUCUUUCAUCUGCUAGGGAUGUUUCUGGUUGAUUUGUAGCUACAAGUUCAUUAGCUGUCUUUUCUAAAUCUUGAUAGGUUUUAAUUAGCUUUAAUAUAGAGCCCCUCAAGGACAUGGUUUUGUUGUCGAAAGCGUCCAAGUCAUUGUCUUCUACUUGAGUUCUUAGUGUGUCUAGUUCGUAUAGUAAAUCUCGAAGUUGUUUUAUUGAUCGCUUUUUUUCUUUUACUUCUUUGAUUAGGAGUUCGCUGUUGUUAUUUGCUACUAACUAAUUGAUAACUUAUAAAAAUGUGAUUAUUAACGGCUUAAUAGUUACCUUAUACACAUAGGCUUUGUGCUGUUCUAAAAUUCUCUGGUGAUGUGGUAACACCUCUUCCGAAAACUUAUAUAGAGGCAUUUCGAGGGUUUUUAGUGGUUGCUUGAUGAUGUUAGGAUUGGUGACUGAUGCCAUCCUGUAUUGUUUCAUGGGAAACGUUCAAUUUGGAUCGAAAAGUUGUGAAAAUAUCAUGAAAAUGCUCUGUGUUUGUAAACAAAGACUAUUGAAAAUUGAAAAUUUUGAUUGCGCAGUUCAAAAUGUUGUCAGGUCAUCUGUGUUGUCAUAACUUAGCUGAUAAAUCUACUCCCAGAGCAAUAUAGCGUUUUCUUUUGCUUUGCAAAUCGAGUGAAAAUAAAAUCAGCUGAUUGUCAGUCAAUAACAACACAACAAGAUAAUUUUAUUCUAUUCAAUUUAUAACAUAUUUUCCUGAAAAAAGCCCCAUAAUAAUGGCAGGAUCUGCUCUUCGUCGACUCAUGGCCGAAUACAAACAACUCACUUUGAACCCGCCAGAAGGUAUUAUUGCAGGUCCCAAAAACGAAGAAAACUUCUUCGAAUGGGAGGCUUUAAUAAUAGGUCCAGAAGGCACUUGCUUCGAAGGAGGAGUAUUUCCAGCAAAACUCACUUUUCCUCCCGAUUAUCCAUUGAGCCCACCGAAAAUGCAAUUCACUUGCGACAUGUUUCACCCAAAUAUUUAUUCUGAUGGUAGAGUAUGCAUCUCAAUCUUGCAUGCUCCAGGAGACGACCCAAUGGGCUACGAAUCCAGUGCCGAAAGAUGGUCCCCAGUGCAGAGCGUUGAAAAAAUAUUACUGUCAGUUGUUAGCAUGCUCGCAGAACCAAACGAUGAAAGCGGCGCCAAUGUAGACGCGGCGAAAAUGUGGCGGGAAAAUCGAGAAGAAUUUAGUAGGAUUGCUGAGAAUUUAGUUAGGAAAACUUUAGGAAUUCCACAAUUAUUAGGUUAAUAAGGGUUAAUGGGAUAAAUUGAAUAAAAUACUGUUUUUUUUUGUUUUACUUAUUUAAUUUUCACCAGCUGGUAAAGGCUAAUUUUUACAGUAACAAACUUAAUAAACCAUACAGGAACUAAAAAGUUGAAAUAUAACCAGCAAAAUAAAUAUUACAGAAUCAAAAAUUAAACAAGCUUUAGAUUUGUGCGCAUCUUGAUGAUUAUCUACUUCUAGUACUAACCAUUUUAGCCAAAAAAAUUGACUAUAAUUUUAUUUUAAAAAAAAUCUAAAGAGUAGAAAAACAAAUUACCAACAUCACAGUCACUUUUCCUUCCACUUUCAUCUACAAACAUAUUUGUUUUUCCACUUGAACUAAAUUGCCUGAAAACACAUUUUCCUUUUCAUCUACUUGUCUAAUAGUUAUCUAUUCUCUAACCUAAUAAAGUCGUUAUUAAUUUUAAAAUAAGUUAGAUCACAUAAAAAACUUUGGUUGUUUAAAAAUCUUACCUAGCUAAAAGUAUAAUUUAUUAUAUUUGUUUUAUACAGUUUAUAUGAGGCUAAACAACUACUACUAGAAUACCCUUUUUCAAAUUACUUCAAAAGUAAUUUUUGCAUAAAAGAUUGUCUACUUACUACACCUGGCAGUACCCUUUUUAGGCAUUAAAAAUAAUAUAUUCGUUGACAGGUAUCAUGUUAUCCGACUGCAAAUUCCGGCGUUGUUCCACAUUUUCAUUUUCCUCCAUCAUAUUACCCUAUAAUAUUAAUUGAAAUAUUUCAAAAAAAUGAAAAGUUGCGAAUUCACUUACGUUUAAGGAAGGCGGCACAAAACUUAAAGUAUUCUCUCCGGAGGAUGGUAGAUUGCGAGGAUCCUCGCCAAUUUCCAGGGGCAAGUCGGCAAAACUUUCAGAGUAGUACUGGGGCGUAUUUAAAUAAUCGAUCAUACGCCUGGGCAGGGGUAGUUCCGGAAUCAGAUCACGACGGACGUUUUUGUGAAUGACGAACCUGGGUUUUGAAUAAGCUAGAUAGAUUAAUUUUGAUCUUUUUUUAUGAGUUCUAUUAGUGAUUUAAAUUGAUGUACUUUCAUCUGAAAAAACCCCAUAUAUUAUGUUUUGUUGAAAUAAAAACUACAACUCAAAGAGUUAAAGUAUUUCUUUACUGUGACUUGUUUGACUAAUCAGAACGGUUUCGGAACCACUUUGUAUACAAAUUUCGGUUUAUACGUAAAAAUUUUAGAUUUUGCGCAGAAUCCUGACGGUAAUAUUACGGUUUCCUGCUGGGUUGGAACAAAGCUAUUAUGGAGCCUCUGGCAAUCUGUGAAACUUUAUACAGACAGAGGCUACUAGACACAUAGGCUUCAAUAGGACCAGUUGACUGUUGACUGAUACUAAUGUCCAUGCAUUUUCCUUGAGAUCCUGGGUAUAUACAAGCUAAUUGGUCUAUAUGUAAUUACCUGUCCCAGGCGUUUAUAAAGUAAAUAAUAUAAAUAACUGAUAACCUAAGAUGACCUAAAAUAAUUCAUCAAUGAAAAGUUUGCGGAUGCUAUACACAGCAGCAAACUCACCUGAAAGAUGCAAGCAUCCAAAUUGAGCCAGCAGUAGUCGAGCUUAGAGACAGAGAAGAGAGAUCUAAAAACUUGCUGAUUUUCGGAACCCCAGAGAUCAAUGCAGAAAACAGAGAUCAAAGGUUGAGUCAGGAAAAGACUGAAAUCUUGGAAGCUCUGAAGAAGUAAGAAAAUGAUACUGAAAAUAUCGAGUUCACACUCUACAGAUUGGGUAGAUAUGUACCAGAUAGAGUUCGACUAGUUCAGACUCUUGACUACACAAGGACGUUCCUGAUGAAUGGUAGGUAUACUGUAUAUCAAAUUAUCCCCAAAAACUGAAAAAAGAUCUCCGCAGCUUCUUUCACUGGACCAACGAAUGGAUGCUAAGCCUCAACAAGAGCAAGUUUACUGUUUUUGGACAUCGGUAGAAAUAACCAAAAAAUUGAGUACCUAUACAAUUGGAACAUGCGUAGUCGCAGAAGUCAACCAACACAGGGACCUGGGAGUUAUUGUUAGCUCUGACUUAAAAUGGGAGCCUCACAUUGUAAGCAUGACUAAAAAAGCUAACACCUUAGGGCCGAUACUUUUGCUCUCGAUUAACGAAUUUGAUACGUUGUCAAAGUUUUGCAUGGGCCAAGGUCUAUAAAUAUGAUGUGGUUAGAGCACAUUCUAACCUCUGACAAUUUUUAAUGGCUGUCAAAUCAGAGCAAAAGUACCGGCACCUAAGUGUACUUAAUAAAGAGAGCUUUUAGUGACCACUCUGUGGAAAUGAUAAAAAGCCUUUAUAAAACCUUUGUGCGUCCUAAGCUGGUAUAUUCACAUGCUGUGUGGAGCCCCUACUAUAUAAAAGACAUAGAUAUUAUCAAAUGAGUCUAAAGGAGAAUCACCAAGAUACGCCCAGAAGUAAACCACCUACCAUACCAUGGACGCCUUGAAAUAUUCGGACUAAGUACAUUAAGAGAAAGGUAAGAAAGAGGUGAUCUCAUAGUCGCAGAAGUCAACCAACACAGGGACCUGGGAGUUAUUGUUAGCUCUGACUUAAAAUGGGAGCCUCACAUUGUAAGCAUGACUAAAAAAGCUAACACCUUAGGGCCGAUACUUUUGCUCUCGAUUAACGAAUUUGAUACGUUGUCAAAGUUUUGCAUGGGCCAAGGUCUAUAAAUAUGAUGUGGUUAGAGCACAUUCUAACCUCUGACAAUUUUUAACGGCUGUCAAAUCAGAGCAAAAGUACCGGCACCUAAGUGUACUUAAUAAAGAGAGCUUUUAGUGACCACUCUGUGGAAAUGAUAAAAAGCCUUUAUAAAACCUUUGUGCGUCCUAAGCUGGUAUAUUCACAUGCUGUGUGGAGCCCCUACUAUAUAAAAGGCAUAGAUAUUAUCAAAUGAGUCUAAAGGAGAAUCACCAAGAUACCCCCAGAAGUAAACCACCUACCAUACCAUGGACGCCUUGAAAUAUUCGGACUAAGUACAUUAAGAGAAAGCCCAAAAAUCGAUCUGACACUCUGACACUCUUCCAAAUUUCCCAUACACAAGAACUAAGCUAAAGAAACUCAACAAAGAAUGAUCUGCUCUGCUUUUGAGAAAGAAAUUUUGAGCAAUAGAGUUGUAUACAGAUGGAAAAGCCUUCAGGAAUCUACUGUAAAUGCACCAACUAAUAAUAAUAAUAACUAAUUAUUAUUAAGAGAAGUUCGUGUCUUAUCGGUAUCCAAUUCGUUCGGAAUAAUAAUAACACAAAAAAUCUUACCUGCACAUGUGCUGUAAACUCUGCACCUGUUUAAAUCUGGAAAACGGAUGUAACAGCUGGACCCUCACAGGACCAAUCACAGGCCUCCUGUGCAGAAAAAAUAAGUACCGACCACUUCUAGAAUGUUCCACAGCAUUCUCAAUAAAUUCCACAAUAGUUUGCGAUUUGAAUUUCGUACAGCUGCCGAAACUGAAAUUA